UUUGUGGGACCCCAAGCCUCACCCAGGGAAGCUGUAGGGGUCGUUGACCUGCUCCAGGGAGAAGACAUGAACGGUGUUCCUACCAAGUUUUGGAGGGCAUCAUGGGCAGGGAUGGGACUUGGCCUCUGGGUGGGUGAGAUGUCCUGGCUGGUCAGCAGGGACCUCCAGUGUGUCCCCAGCAGCUGGGGCCGGAGUGAUUAGUGCAGCCUGCCAGCCCUUUCCCAGGGUGCUGUGGCUGCAAGCCCAUGCUGAGCAGGUGAGUGGGUGGGCAGAGGUGGCCUGUCCAGUGUUACUAGAGUAACUAUGUGGCUAGUGUGCUCCCAAAGCCUAGUGGUAGGGGCAUGGUCAAAGUUUGGGGGGGCCACAGGGAACAGAAGGGGAGCAGGGAUACCACCAGAGUCAGCAAGGCACCCUCCCUAGUGGCCUGGCUUCCUGCCACAGCUUCCCUCUCCUCUAGCCCUGUCCCCCAGAAGCCCUGGAAGGGAGAGCACCCAAGGUGAGGGUCCUGUGCCCCACCUGAGCCGUGUGCAGGGGCCCUGGUGCUGAGUUCCUUGGCCACUUCCCCACGCUUGGGUGCUAGCACUGUGUCCUGCCAGCUGCCCAGGUGUGACAGGGAGGUAUGUGAGGGGCAGGAGAGUGGGACUGGCCUUUACCCUGAUCCUGUAGUUCCCAGGAUCCUACCAGAGGGAUGUGGAGGAUGGUCACGGAGGCCUGGAGGAGGCUGAGAUGAGGGAGGCUGGAAUGGACGUCUGUGUUGGGUGUAGUGUAGUAAGCUUAGCUGGGAAAUGGGUGGGGGAAGUGGCCUUAGGCAUGGCCUGAGGUCCCCAGGCCUGAGGUCGUGUUGGGCAGUCAGAAGGUAUUUGGUAGAGGUGAGUGGUCAAGGGAAGAGGCCUAGAGUCCUGGGAGACAGCUGUGGCCUUACUGAUUUGCUGUCCCCCUGGGGUGGGGGCCAUGCAUCACUGCCAGGGCCAGGCCCCAGCCCCAGCCCCAAGUGGGGUCUGGCCUAAUGUGGCGAGCUGAGCCUUCUGGUCCCCUGCUGGCCCCAGGCGGGUAGACUGGGCUGGGAACUGCUGGGUGGCAGGUGGAGGUCCUUGCUCAAGCCCAGGGUGAGCAGAGCCUUUCAGGGACAAGAGCCCUGUCACCACCCCUGAAGGCCAGGAUGGCUGAUCACCCCACUACCCAGACAGCCUAGCCGUUCAUUCACAGGGCUCCCCAUUCACUGAUCCCUGGGUUAGGACCUGACAUCCAGCCCUUAACCUGUAACCUACGGAGGGAGCGCUCCUGUUCGGCUCUUUGUCUCUGCCAUAUCCCCUGGGAGUGUGUCCUGUCUCCAAUUGUGUUACCAUGCGUGGGUGGGCCUGGGGGUGGAGCUCUGACAUCAGACCUGUCCAGGGAACCCACAGGUCUCCUCAUACCUGCAUACGUUAUCUGGGAGUGCUUACCCCACAGAAUCUGAAAACCCCACAAGCCAGGUCCUCCCUAGAGGAGGUGGGUCUGCUGGAGACAGAAGGAUGGAGUGACUCCUGAGGGCUGGGGAGCACCAGUCUGUGAAGGUCCUGCACGCCCGCGCCCAUGACCAACAUGAGCUGGAGCUUCCUCACGCGGCUGCUGGAGGAGAUCCACAACCACUCCACCUUCGUGGGCAAGGUGUGGCUCACCGUGCUGGUGGUCUUUCGUAUUGUGCUCACGGCCGUAGGCGGUGAGUCUAUCUACUCGGACGAGCAGGCCAAGUUCACCUGCAACACACGGCAGCCGGGCUGCGACAACGUCUGCUAUGACGCCUUUGCGCCGUUGUCGCACGUGCGCUUCUGGGUCUUCCAGAUUGUGGUUAUUUCCACGCCAUCCGUGCUCUACCUGGGCUACGCCGUGCACCGCCUGGCGCGUGCCUCUGAACAGGAGCGCAGGCGUGCGCUGCGCCAGCUAGCUUCAGAGAAGGGAGAUGAGCUUUAG